AUUGCUAAUAAGCAAUGAAUAAAUUUAAAUACUUAAUUUCAAGCUAAUCGAGAAGUUAGGCACUAUUUUUAGCCCUUUUGAGCUGUGGUUGGAAUUUUAAAAAUGGUUGAAUUCUUCUCCACUUUUAUGGCCAACUUUUGUCCCAAUUCUGAUGUCUCCACGAUCACACACCUCCUCCAUAUCAUCUUUUAAUAGUGUCGGCGCUUACGCAGCAUAAAAGUGGUCACAAAUUGAAAACGAAAGUGUUACCAAUAUUGUGUCGCGACUUUGGACAAUGGUAAAUCAAUCAAUUGAGGCGCAUGACAUUGUAUAACUACCAACAUUGGGUAAUGAACUGCAAUUGGGAUGAAGUAUAAAAACUCCGGGCUGCUUCAAUUAUGACAUCAGUUAGCUGACAAUUUGUAGAGGCACUCCCACGAAAGGAAGAUCCAAACGAUUUGAGAUGGCAGCCAAGUUUUUCGCCCUGCUGUCUCUGGCACUUUUGGCCACUAGCCAAGCGGAGUACAACUACAACGAGAAGACGACUAAGGCGGCCAGCCCGUCGGAACGCAGUGCGUCCAGUUCUGGCGAGGAUUUUCUGAGCGACUACCACACACCCAGCAACAAUGCUCUGAAUUCGGAGGCCACGCCCGAUGGCUAUGACUACGUGGCGCCCGCCAGGAAUCAGUUCGCCGCCGGCAGCCGUACGGCCAGUGUCCAGGCCUCCAAUCUUCUCCAGAAUGCGGCCAGUGCCGCCAAUGCCGAAUCCGUGCUUCUGCCCUCGCCGCUGCCUGUGCUUCGCCACGAGCAGAACUCGGAGGUGGUUUCAUCGGCGCAGCAGCAGCAGGAGCAGCAAAUAGUUCAGCAACAGCAGUCGGAUCCGGUGGUGGUCAGCUCCGUUCUGCGCCAGCACCAGGAGCCCGAGGUCUUUCCGCCCGCCAGCUACAGCUUCAACUAUGCCGUGAACGAUGAGAGCACUGGCGACAUCAAGGAGCACAGCGAGACCCGGGAUGGUUAUGUGGUGCGCGGAUUCUACAGCCUCAUCGAUCCCGAUGGCUACAAGCGCACCGCGACCUACACGGCGGAUGAUGUGCAUGGCUUCAAUGCUGUGGUCAACAGGGUGCCCUAUGCCCUCAAGGCGGUGGUUGUCCCUGUGGCCCAGGUGGCGCAGCCCACUCCAUUUGUGGCUCGCGAUGAGCGCUCCAAGUCGGUGGAUGUCAUUCGAUCCUCGGGAGCAGCAGCUGCCUCAGACAAUGUCCUGCGAUCAAGCGCUGUUUCCGGUUCCGGCUCAUCUUCGGGUUCCGCUUCCGGAUCCGGCGUGAGCAACACCUUCGCUGAGGACAGCUACGCCAAUGCUCCGCGAGGCCUGGACUCCUCCGGUGGUCCUUACGCCUGAGUCCUGCUCGUGGGCUACGCACUCCUUGUAUAUUCCUUCAUUGUGCUUCAUCUACUGCUAGUUUUUUAAAAAAUAAAUACAAAUUGUUCACCAUA